AUGGCGACCACCGUCGGCGUUAAUGGACGGAGCAGUUCGACACCGCAGCCAUCUGUGCCUCAGCAGAUAUCUGCACCUGAAGGAGUGAUUAUCCCUCCACAUGAUAUCAGAGAUAUCAUUGAAAAGACAGCAGGAUACGUUCACAGAAAUGGAAACGCUUUCGAAGCCCGGAUCCGCGAGAGCGAGAAAGCAAACACAAAAUUCAGCUUUCUGAAUCCCGCAGAUCCAUACUACCCAUACUACGAAUGGCGGCUCGACGAAUUCCGCGAAAACAGAGGCGGCCAACCGACCAGCGCGACUCCACAAGCUGAAUCCACAACCGCCGCGGUUGCUGCUCCUGCUCCUGCUGGACCACCGGAGCCGCCACAGUUUGAGUUUUCGUUCCCUAUGCCUCCGAUAUCGGCGCAGGAUCUGGAUAUCAUUCGGGCGACUGCGCUCUUUGCUGCUCGGAAUGGACGGUCGUUCACUACUACCCUGGCGCAACGGGAAAGCAGGAACUACCAGUUUGAUUUUCUGAGGCCGAAUCACUCUUUAUAUCCUUAUUUUUCAAAGCUGAUUGAGCAAUACGCCAGAGUGCUCAACCCCUCAGACAAGAUCAAGGAGCGGCUACAAGAGAACAUAUCAAACAAGUACAAGGUUCUGGAUCGUGCACAGAUGAGAGCAGACUGGCAGAAAUACAAGGAAGAGGAAACAAAGAAGGCAGCAGCCGACGCCGAGGCCGAGAAGAUUGCAUACGCACAGAUAGACUGGCACGAUUUCGUCGUGGUCGAGACGAUCGAGUUCACCCCGGCGGAUGAAGAAGUCGACCUACCGCCGCCGAUGUCGCUCGCUGAGUUGGAGCGCGCGUCCCUGGAGGAGAAACAGAUGAUGUCACUACACAACGAGACCGAUCGGUUGGCAAUCGAAGAGGCGGCUCCGGACUACGAAGAGGCUCGACCGGUUGAAAUAUCAGUGCCCGCGCCUCCGGCGCCUCCUGGAGUGUCCGCCACCGUUGCUCAACCCACUGAAGAGUCAGAAGAGGACCGCAGGAUCCGUGAGCGUCAAGAAGGACUACAAAAACAGAAAGAAACCAAGGCUGCUGCUGUCAAUCCUAAUCGCGAAAACAUCAAGGUUCUACCUCAAGGCAGCACGCGUCGGUCCGCUCGCGCCAAAGCCAGCCAGGCUCUGAUGCAGGAGUGUCCGCUCUGUCAUCAGCAUUUCAGUACCGCUGAAUUUGAUGCGCACAUCCGAAUCGAGCUUCUCGAUCCUAAAUGGAAGGAUCAGAAGGCUAAGCUGGAGGCUCGAAACGCAGUCUCGAACCUGACGUUCGAUGAUGUCUCGACGAAUAUGAAGCGACUGGCGAGCGCGCGCGCGGAUUUGUUUGAUUUAGAUGGUGUGCCACAGACGGAGGAAGAGGCCUCAAGAACGAAGCGGAGGCAUUAG